GUUUCCGGUUGGGAGUCCUGGAGAUGGGGAGUGAAGGACUAGUGCAUUGAUGGGUUGGAAUGUCGGAGUCGGUGUAAUGUAAAAGUAGUUAGGUUGUUUCCUUUCAUACUUGCGAGGUUAACAGCCAGCAGGCUGAGGAUGGCUGGAAGAUGCUAUGGUUGCGCGUCUAAAUUCACUCUCCUGAGGAAAGAGCUUGGGUGCAAGAACUGCGGCCAUGCGUAUUGUUCAUCAUGUCUCAGCUAUAGCACCUUAGUCCCUCGUUGUGGGAAUACACAGCAAAAGGUCUGCAGGCAGUGCCAUGGAACUCUCACAAGAUCUGGGAAACAGGACAAUGCUGCAAAAUGGUCUCCACCAGAGAAUUACAAAAAGCGAGUAGCUGCUCUGGAAGCUAAACAACAGGAACAAACAGCAGCCAACAAAGCGGGUAGUCACACACCAAGCAUGAAGUAUCUAGGUCUAUCAAAAGAGGACCAAGCCAUUGCUGAGCGACUGGAGAAGUUAAAGGAAGAAACCAAACUGAAAUCUAUACCUUCUCAGCAGGAGAUUGAAAUGCGAUUGGCCGCACUAAAGAAGGACCCUCAGCGACCUAUACUCUCCACAGCAGAGAUGGAGGACAGAUUAGCUCUGUUAAAGGGUCAGCCACCACCUUCCAAAGCGCCCAGACCUAGUUAUCAGGGUCCUGAUACUAGGACUCAGACGGAACAAGUCAAUGACCUCUUCAAACAAAUGUCAGAAGAAGCAGCCUUAGAUCAAAAGUACGGCCCUGGCCUUGAAGAUGGUGAGAUGAAUGACCUGAAUAAAGGAAUUGAUCCACGUAAUUUCAACAAUGCCACUGACAAUAACACCAAAAGCUUUGAGGAAGAGAAGAGUAAUCUGCUGGACCAGGCAACAGCGGAGCUGAAGCAGGACAAUUUGCACAAGGAGCAAGUUUCAAAGAUCUCCCAGAGACUGGCCACACUGAAAGGAGAAGACCCCAAAGCUGCUGUGGAUGACUGGAAAUAUGCUGAGCUGGACAGUGAUGAAGAAAAUGAAGAGCUGCUUACCCAGCGAAUUCUGAAACAGGUUAAUGAAGAAAUUGCCCUGGAUGAAGCAAGUGGUUAUAACAUCCCUCCAGAGCGACCUAAGCCAGCUCAGGCCACAUCGGCUGGGAAGAAGUUGCAGUCGACACCCACAGUGCCAACUGCUGAGGCAACAGACAGUGAUGAGGAACUGCCUUGGUGCUGCAUCUGCAAUAGUGAUGCUGUGAUCCGUUGUCGUGACUGCGAUGGAGACCUCUACUGCCAGAGAUGUUUCAGGGAGGGUCAUGAUAAAUUUGAAAGAAAAGAACACAGAACAUCCAAGUACCGUCCACCAAACAAGAAGAAAUAACAUCCACAUCAACAUUCUUGUGAAAUCUCCCACCAUCUGACACUAAGGAAGUUUUAUAAUCUAGAUUUUCACAUCUAGUUCAGUGAACACUGAUCAAGAACAACUGUGACAGAAAUUGCCCCACUCAGCUCCUGACUGAGAAGCAUCCAGCGUUGUCUUAUUUUUUGCAGGGUUCCUGGGAGUCUGCCGCACCAUAACAAUUUUUUGUGGAUUUUUUUUAUGCAUGUCCACGGCAACACCUUAUCUCGGGACCUCUUCUCAUUUAGAAAUGUUGUGCAUUAACAGAUUAAAUGAUGCUCAGCUUACAA